AAGAGUCUGAACAGCACAUGACCCCUUGCAGGUCAUCCAUGUGCUGCGGGGAUGGAGGGAGCCUCGGUGGAGCCUUUCCACAGGGUCACACCCCUGCUGGAGAGCUGGGCGCUGUCACGGGUGGCAGGCAUGCCCGUCUUCCUCAAAUACGAGAAUGUGCAGCCAGCUGGUUCCUUUAAGAUCCGGGGCAUCGGACACUUCUGCCAGCAGAUGGCUAGGAGGGGAUGCAGACACCUGGUUUGCUCCUCAGGGGGCAACGCAGGCAUCGCAGCCGCCUACUCAGCUCAGAAGCUGGGCAUUCCUGUCACCAUUGUGCUCCCACAGAACGCAUCCGUGCAGGUGGUGAGGCGGCUGGAGGGGGAAGGGGCCGAGGUCCAGCUGAUUGGGAAGGUCUGGGAUGAAGCCAACGUGAGGGCACAAGAACUAGCCACAAGGGACGGCUGGGUGAACGUCUCCCCGUUUGACCAUCCCCUGAUCUGGGAAGGCCACGCCAGCCUAGUGAGGGAGCUGAAGGAGUCCCUGGGGACCCCACCGGGUGCCGUGGUGCUGGCUGUGGGGGGCGGAGGGCUCCUAGCAGGCGUGACUGCUGGUCUGCUGGAGGUAGGCUGGCAGCAUGUGCCCAUCGUUGCCAUGGAGACCCGCGGGGCGCACAGUUUCAACGCAGCUUUGCAGGCAGGCAGGCUGGUCACACUGCCAGACAUCACCAGUGUAGCUAGGAGCCUGGGAGCCAAGACAGUGGCUGCACGGACCUUGGAGUGUGCAAAGGAGUGUGAGAUCCUCUCUGUGGUGGUAGAAGACCGGGAGGCCGUGGGAGCUGUGCAGAAGUUUCUGGAUGAUGAGCGCAUGCUGGUGGAGCCUGCCUGCGGUGCUGCCCUGGCUGCUGUAUACUCAGGCGUCCUAGGGAGGCUCCAAGCUGAGGGCCGCCUGAGCCCCGCCCUGGCUUCCGUUGUGGUCCUUGUGUGUGGUGGCAACAACAUCAGCAGCCAGCAGCUGCAGGAGCUGAAAACCCAGGUGGGCUGCAGCUGAUGAUUCCCAGGGACCCCAGAGAUUCCUGGGGACAUCUUCAUGGCCGCUGAAGGAGCCUCGGUUCCAGUGGUCCUGCCCUUUUCCUUCAGGUAGCCCUCCUGCCUUACUCUCCGCAGUUCCCUCCAGCCCAAUGAAUAAAUCUGCCUGA